AUGGACGCGCGGAGCCCGCUGUCUCCCCGGGCCAGCGCGUUCAGCAUCGCCUCUCUGGUUGCAGCAGAGGCCGUAGAGCGCACAGCUCGCCUGGGUCCCCGGUUCUCCGACCAGGCGAAGCUUCGCCGGCUGCUGGGAUCCCCCGCCGGGAUGCACUUCAGCACGGUCACCAGGGAUAUGGAAGGCGCGAGCCGGCUCUUCGCUCUCUGCGGUCCCGGCUCCGGCGACAGCCGCCUGGCGCGCCGAGCGGGGCCGGAGGGGACGGCGCGGGCAGCCUUGGAAGGCUGGCGCAUGUUCCCCACAUUUCAAGUGAAGCUCUUCGGCAUGGACCCCAUGGCCGACUACAUGCUCCUCAUGGACUUCGUUCCAGUGGACGACAAGCGCUACCGGUAUGCCUUCCACAGCUCCUCCUGGCUAGUAGCCGGGAAAGCAGACCCUGCCACACCAGGCCGUGUACACUACCACCCUGACUCGCCUGCCAAGGGUGCACAGUGGAUGAAGCAAAUUGUGUCCUUCGACAAGCUCAAGCUGACCAACAACCUGCUGGACGACAACGGCCAUAUUAUUCUCAACUCCAUGCACAGAUACCAGCCCCGCUUCCAUGUUGUCUAUGUGGACCCACGCAAAGAUAGUGAGAAAUAUGCUGAGGAGAACUUUAAGACCUUUGUGUUUGAGGAGACUCGCUUCACUGCGGUCACUGCUUACCAGAACCAUCGGAUCACGCAGCUCAAGAUAGCCAGCAACCCUUUCGCCAAAGGCUUUCGAGACUGCGACCCGGAGGACUGGCCCCGAAACCACCGGCCCGGCGCGCUGCCGCUUAUGAGCGCCUUCGCUCGCUCGCGGAACCCGGUGGCCUCCCCCACACAGCCCAACGGGUCAGAGAAAGAGAAGGCCGGCCCAGCUCUUGCUGCAGAGACCUGUGCUGGGGACACGUGA